CCUUACAAAGAGGCAGGUGUCUGGUGAUGUUAUUGUGGUCAUGUGACGUGCUGGUGGCGUGGAGUGAGACACUUGAAAAAGCAACGGUCAUUCCGCUAACAGCAUAUCCGAAUGAGUGAUGCGUGGCACUACUUGAGAGGGGCUAGGAACUCGUAAAACUGUCAACAGAUUUCUAGUGAAAUUCAUCGCAUCAGCUGCCAUUCCAGACCUGUGGAGGGUUGCCUCAACAAGUCCCGUGUCAACAGGUGUUUCUUGGAAGUCGUCCAACGACAACUGUUGCUGGUCAUUACCGCACUCAACAGUAGCCCCAUCGCAGGUUGGAUUUAUGAGGAGCGUGGACUGAGGCCUCACCACCAGAAGCAAGUGCCCUGGGCGUGGUGACGGUGGAGAAUGGACGGGACAGCAGGGGAGGCUGCCGCGACACCGCGGGGCCCAUGUCGGGAGCUGUGGCGACCGGACCUUGCACGGGGCUCCAGCUGGCGCUGAACGGGGCCACAUCCUGCUUCAGGGACGCCGUGUCUCGACUCUGUGGUUCCAGCCGAGCGUCUCCAAACGACGUCUCUUUGCCAGUGGGAGAGGCGCCGUCCAGAAGAACGGCUGUGUCCGAAGAGGAGCCAGAAACUGCCAUGUCCUCACAGCAAACAGGCCCUGGUCCUAGCCCUGGUAGUUCCUCGUCAUGUGAAGACAGCUGCAAACCGCCGCCCAAGAACUGUUACCGGCUCGUGCUCCUUGGCUCUUCCAGGGUCGGCAAGACGUCCAUUGUUGCAAGGUUCCUUAACAACAAGUUCGAGGACUCUUACACUCCUACCAUCGAGGACUUCCACCGGAAACUGUACCGAAUUCGUAACGAGGUCCAUCAGCUCGACAUUCUUGAUACAUCCGGUAACCACCCUUUUCCCGCCAUGCGAAGACUAUCUUUCCUGACGGGUGACUUGUUCGUGUUAGUAUUCAGUAUGGACAGCCGGGAAUCUUUCGAAGAAGUAGUACGCUUGCGCGAGCAAAUUCUGGAGACCAAGUUAAGCGCAUGUGCAUCAGCAAAUAGUUCAGGCAGCGGACGCAAGAAGGCACCUCUGCCAAGAGUACCAAUGGUCAUUGUUGGAAAUAAGUGUGACAAGGAUAUGAGGACUGUUUCUCCAGAUGAAGCGUCGUCAUACGUCGAGACGCAGGACGACUGCUGCGUCUUCGUCGAGGCGUCCGCCAAACGCAACAUAAGGGUCGAUGACCUUUUCUAUGAACUCUUCGUAGUAGCCGGCCUUCCGUUGGAGAUGGCGCCGAACCACCACAAGCGUCUGCACCCCAACUUUGGCAGCCCUUACACACUUCCCCCUCCAACACCAAGUCAUCGCUCCAAGAAGUGCACGAUCUCCAUCAAGCGACGUCUCAGCGACGCUUGCGGCGUCGUCGCCCCAAAUGUUAGACGCCCGAGUAUUAGAACAGAUCUCAUGAUCAUGCGCACUAAAACUUCGUUAGGAAGUGGUAUUGUUGGGGAUGGUGGUGGUUCUGGGGGCUUGGGUGGUGGUCGUGUGUUUGGGAGCCUUAGGGGGUUGGUAAGGGGUAGGCGAAGAGGUCGAGCAGGGGCUAAUCCUGGAUUUGCGAUCCCUGUAGAUGGCGAAUAUAGAUGUGUUAUACAAUAAGCGGCUCAUAACCCUCUUUGUUUUUCACAUACGAGUACAUGCAGAAAUCGUUCCAAGGCUGAAAGGAGUGCUGGUUGCAUCGUACAGGUCGCGCAUUAAUUCUGAGAAUACACUUUUCCCAUUCUGCCGCACGGAUUAGGUCCCCUGAGGCAAUGAGCUCUGUAUACAUUUCAGUAAGCUAUUCUGAACAGUGGUUGGGCCCCUCGAAAGGCGUCUACCAUCGCAGACAACAGACCACAGAAACGCGAAUUUAAUCAGCCGAUUCUGAGGGCUCUGAUAACGGCGUGUAACAAAGCUGUGACUAUUAUUUCGCAUAAUCUUGAGGUGUUUGAAAAGGAAGUGUCUCAAACUGCACCUGUGGUCUUCUGAGUUGUAGCACCGUUUAGUUUGGAGAAAGUCCCACGUUCUGGAGGAACAUACGGCUUCCACCUUCAGAGCGUGGGAGUCAGCUAAGAAUGAAACUAGAACAAGCUGAAGGAGGGUGGACGAGAUAUCUUCCUCCGAAAUGUCGUGGCUCUCUCCGAAUUACAUGGCGUCGCAGCCCAAACGAACGUUUUCUUCCCACAGUUAUUACCAUGAGAACCCGAAUGCAACACGAAUCCUAUUCAUGGGUUACAACGGAGGAAAACUUACCACUAUUUUGGGCUCAUAACUGGCGAUUUGUUGCUUAUGUCUGUGUUCAUAGGGACAGUGGUUACAGCCUUUGGGCAGACACAUACUGCUGUCUUUCCUUCUUGUCUUCCUUUCUUUCUCUGUUUUCCUUGUCGAUCCUCUUUUAGUAUUUUAACCCUAGAAGUGGCAGCUUUAAUCCCUUCAGUGUCAAGCCGCCAUUUUAUAUUGCUUUAC